AUGAACGUCCGGCUCUUUCUCUGUGGAGUCUAUUUCCUUGUAUGUAUUUCCCUCAUCAAAUGCACAUGUCUCAGAGACCGUGCUCGAAUUGUCCGCGAGAUGCUUCGAAAGAAGAUUUUCCGGUCAUUCAAAGACAGCAAAGUCAGCAUGCCUUAUUUAUGUCCAUUCACCGAGGAGCGGGAUUUGUUUAUCAUUCAAGAGAGACAGAAAUAUAUGAAGUCAUUGACCAAGUGGCAUUGCAAUUUCUGUGGCAAAGACUUUUAUGCAGAAAAUUUUCUUGAUAAGCAUUUUGAUAAUCGUCAUUCAGAGUAUGUACGAAAGGGAAAUGACUCUGUAUGCUUAGCAGACUACUGUGAUAUCUUCCGCUGUGAAAUUAUUGGUGGCUUGCUAGAACCUGACUAUUGGGACAUGGCAUUGUGUUUGGAAGAUGACAUGUAUGAACUCCAACAGAAAUGUAUGGAUAUCAUUAAAGAAUGCAUCCCUCCUACCACUUCCCACAAUGCAUCUAGGUAUAUUCAAGAUGUAUUUUCCAAUGAAAUUUGCUCAUUCCUUGACUGCCGACGAUACUGGGAGGCUCCUUUUCCUGAAAAUACCUCCAUUGGGACAGCUGCCUACAUCAUCUUGUCAGUGAUUUUGGUAUUCUUCCUUGUGCUCUACUAUUGCAUCGCUUACCACUACUUUUAUACUGAUUCAUUCAUUGACUAUCAACCAAUGGAGUAUUCAAGAGGAGAACGCACUUACAGCAACCCUACAGUCUCAAAUAUUAAUAUUCGUCAUCGACCAAACAGAUAUGCUCAGUUUACCAAAUAG